AUGACUUGGGCGUCAUCCGAAGAUAACACUCGCCUCCGAGCGCGUCAGCUCCUCCGUUUUUACAACAAACACCAAGACGAAGGCCCCAUCCCGUACGCGGCUAAGAUUACCGCAUCCGACAUCGAGCUCGCCGAGUCCCUCGCUCCAGUCUGGCGUCUUGAAGACUGUGAUGAGGGUGAGAAAGAGUAUCCCGAGCAGUGGGAAAAAAUGGCCAAAUCCCUUUCUUUCACCCUCGGAAGCUUCCGUCGCAAGGUCAAAGAGAUUACAACUGCACCAACUUUCAUCGGGGGUAAUGGUGAUAAGGCUCAGAUAGCUAACCUUGAGCUGCUUAAUAAGCGGCUCAAGGAGCUGUUGAAGGAGGCCAAUGAGGAGAAGAAGGCUGCUCAGGAGAAGGCUGAUCGUUACUUGGCACGAGCCGAGAAGGUUGAGGCUCAACUUGAAAAGCUUCUGGAGGAACUGGAGGAGGAAGACGAGGAGGAGGAGGAGGACUAA